AUGGGUAAACGAAAGGCCGCAAAGAAGCCACAAGCCAAGAAAAAGAAUGAACCAUUGUCCAGUGUAUUCAAAUGUUUGUUCUGCAAUCAUGAGAAAGCAGUGACGGUAAAGAUUGAUAAGCAAUCAAUGUUCGGUCAUUUAUCAUGUAAGAUCUGUGGACAGAAAUUUACAACUCCCAUCAACACUCUUUCAGUUCCUGUCGAUGUGUAUUGCGAUUGGGUUGAUGCAUGUGAAGAGGUCAGGGCCAAACAACCGCCCAAACAAAGAGCUGUUCGUGGACCAUCACCUCUUUCACACGGUCGAGCCGGUGGAGCAGCUUUCGAUCCUGAUGCUCCUCAAAUAGUAGAUGAGGACGCAGAAGGUGAAGAAGAAGAUUACGAUCAUGAUGCUGUACGAACGAAAACGAGCAGCAGAAGGAAUGUGGACGAUGACGAUGAAGAUGAUGUGGAUGAGGACGAUUUAGAUGAUGGUGGACGAAGAGAAAAGAGGAGGAGAGUAAGAGACGAGGACGAUGAUGAAGAUGAAGACGACGAUUGA